UGAGCGAGGAACAGAUGAUAUCUGUGAUUCGUUGGUUUACUGACAACAACGGCAAUAUUUUUAACGGUUUUUUUCAGAAUCGUCAGUCCGAUUUUUUCCGUGGUUCGAAGUACGUUUCGAAUGUUUAUUUUUUCGUUUCUUCUCGUUUACGACCUCAUGCGUUCGUAACCUCCAUAACAUAUCAUCUUAGAUUGAUACAGAUACGUAAAUAUUUCGUAUGUCAAGUUGUUUUCGUGCUAUCGUCCAAUGCAGUUCAUGCACGUCCGGUCCGUGCUCGUUGGUCUCUGAGUUGCCCUGAAGCCAGAACUAGAACUGCGUCUUCCGGAUCGUUUUCCCUCAUAUCAACGAUCGUCAGUCACUUGUCACGAUGUCUAAGUUCGUCGUUGAAUUUUCUCCCCCAGUUAAAAUUAAAUCAAAUGAUGACGAUAUAAAUACAGUAUUCAGCUAUAAUAUGAUAUUAGCACCAUUCCAAAAGCAGACUCAAAUAGAAUUUGCCAAUGUUAAAAUUAAAGAAGAAGCUGUUAGAUUUCUAACAGUCAUUAACCCACUUGAUAAACCAAGACAGUUUGCUUUACCUCAUUUAAGUGAUGGUAUACGUUUUAAUAUUUAUGAUUUUACUCUACAACCACAUUCACAACAUGAACUAUCAAUCACUUGGCAGCCAUUAGUAUAUGGAAAUAUGCGUAAAACAAUUAAAUUGGAACAAAAGGAUAGCAACAUAAAAUAUGAUUUUGUUAUUAUGGGAAAUUGCAUUGAUACAUUAAAUAAAAAAUUAAAGGGCGCUUCUAUAACAUAUUCCAAGUCAAAAAACUCAAACUUAAUAAGAAAACAAUUAAAUUGUGGUCAGAAAAAAAUUACUUUGAAUAAAACUAAAGUUACAAAUUAUAAAUCAGAAAGAAUUAUCUUAGGAAAAAAUGAUAAAAAAAAAUCUAAGCUUCACUGUCCAGAAUCGUCCAUUGAUCAAGAGAUUAGACGAGAAACCUUUUUAAUUAACGAUAAGGAAAAUUAUGCUGAAUUGGCGAAUAAAAUUUUUGAUGAAGACAUUUGUUCUAACAUAAUAGAACAUAAUUUUAAGUAUUCAAAUAAAAAAUUUCAAGAUCAUGAUAUCAAUAAUCACUUUGAAGUUCAUAAUCUAAAUAUGAACCGUAGUAUAAUGAGUAAUGAUUCAUUAGACGGAUCACUGCAGAUUAUAGAUAGCAACAAGUCUCCAUUUAAUGACUUUUAUUUAACACCAUUAAAAAAUACUAAAAAUUUGCUUUCUCCAUUUAGUACUACUAAAAAAUGUAAAAAAAAUGACAAUAAUUUAGCUUUUGCUUCAUUUAGUCCAUCGCCAUUUAAGCCAAUCGAAGCAUCUACUGGAGCUAAAACUUUUACUCCUGAUGAAAGAAAACCCAAAAGAAUCUCAGUAAAUCUUUGUAAUAAAUUUGAAGAUCCACUCAAAAAUGAUACAAAUAAAGAUGGUGUAACGUUUAUUAAAGAUGUCAAUCCUGGAUCGGUUAUAACACCUAUAAAUAUUGAACAAAAUUUUAACUUAAAACAACAAGAAUGGUCAACUGGACAUACAACUCUUCAUCAUUCAAUAAUUUCAGGAAUCACACCAAGCAGUAAAAAAUCUAAGAGACCUUCAUUUGUUAUUAAAAAUUCUCCUUAUUACAAAUGUAGCCCAAAAUCUUUAAUUUUAAAGAAUAAAUUGAAACAACAUAGUUUUCUUAGUCCACGAACAAAGCGAUUAAGAACUCCAAAACUAGAUAAGUGUGACCAGUACCUUAAAUGCUUAGCUAAUCCAGAACUUGUGUAUUUUAAUAAUGCUGAGGAUCCAUUUUUAAAAAUGUCUCAAUAUUAUGAAACUGAGUGGCUUGACAGACAAGAGUCUGAUAUGAUUCGAUGGUUAAAUGCAUUACUUAUGCCUACUGAUAAAUUAGCUGAUGAAGAACAAUCAGAUGACCUAGAACAAGCAGCUGAAGCUUGGGUCGAAGCAUCUCAGACAAACCAUAGAAAUAAGCCUCUGCAACUUGCUACUCAAAAAGAUUUAUUUGUGGCACAAAUAUAUAGACAAUCACCACAACAAUGGAGUGCAUUACGCAAAGCAACAUCUAAUCUUAUUACAUCUACAAAUGUGGCAACCGUUUUAUCAAAAUUGACUGUAUCAAUUGAAAAAGAUCUCAUUACAGUUCGUGAUGAUCGACAAAUACAUUUAGAUUUAAAUUUAAAGAAAAAAAUUACUGAUCUGUUGAAAUGUUAUAACCCACUUUGGUUACGAAUUGGACUAGAAGCUAUAUACGGACAAGUUGUACUUACAAAACCCGGUUCAAAUGACUUAGAUGGUAUUGGUUGGUUUAUACGUAAACAUUUGUUUAAUAAUGAUUUUGUUAAACAAAAAUUUACCAAAACAAAUGUACUUCAAGUGAAUUUUCCUUCAUAUAAUAUAGCCAUGAAAAAAUUUAUUUUAAGAAAAAUACUAAUGCUUAUAUAUUUUUUGGAUCGUGCAAAAGAACAACAUCUGAUUAGACAUAAUCCAUGCCUAUUCAAAAUUGAUUCACCUUAUAAAAGUAGCUAUGACUUUCUAAUGGGAUUUUGUGCUGACAUGGUGACUGCACACGGAGACAUAAUUCGGCGUUUGCGUAAUAUUGACUAUAACUUGACUCAUAAACAAACACAUUUGGAUGAAGUAAAUUAUGCUGUCAAAUCAUUAAAUGAUUUGAGAGAUGGUACCAGAAUCACUAGAGUUGUUGAAAUUUUAUUUAAAGGUGAACAGCUAUCACAAAAACUGAGACUUCCUGCCAUUUCAAAAUUGCAGAAAAUACAUAACGUGAAUUUGGCUUUAACCAGAAUAUCUGAACAUAUCAAUAUUGAAGGCAAUAUAAACACUCGUGAUAUUGUAAAUGGUCAUAGAGAAAAAAUUUUGUCAUUAUUUUGGCAAAUUAUUUAUAAGUAUCUAACUCCUCGGUACAACAAUGCAGCCUUAAAGAUUCAACAUUGGUGGCGAAAUAAUAGUCUUAAAUUAGUAAUAUUAAAAAGAAUUAGAACCAAACAAAGUUUCAAACGUAAUUUAGCUGCUAUUAAAAUACAGGCAUGUGUUCGUGGUUAUUUGACCAGAAAAUACUGGCCAGGUAUACAAGCAGAUUUGAAUGAAAACCGUCAGAAAUUACAUUUGGCUUCAACAAAAAUUAAACGAUAUCUUCAAAAUAAACUAAAAUUAUUAACUGAAGAACGAAAGCGAUUUAUAAUUUUGAAAAGAACGACUUUAUUUGUUCAAAGAAAAUUCAGAUUAAAAAUUGCAAUGAAAAAAGAACGACAACAAUUUUUGCUAGUCAAGCAGUCUAUUUUAUUGAUUCAAAAAGUGUAUCGUGGUUUUAUUAUAAGAAAGAAUUGGCCACUUAUUAAAAAGCUUCUUAUAGAUGAUAAGAUAAAGCGAAUAAAUGCCAUCAACAUUAUUAAACGCUCAUUGAGAAAAAACCUGCCACCCACAGAAGAUGAAUUAUUUUAUAAAAAAUUAAUAUUCAUGACUUUGAAAAUUCAAAGAAAAUUUAGGGCAAAUAUUUUGAUGAAAAAUCAGAUGAAAGAUUUUUUGAUUUUAAAGAAAAAUGCAAUUGUGUUACAAAGAAGAUUCAGAGCCAAACAAGCUAUGAUAGAUCAGAAAAAAUACUACUUAAAACUUAAAAUAUGUACACUUAAGCUACAAGCUGUAAUAAGAGGUUUCAUUGUACGGAAACAUUGGCCUACAUUAUAUAGUAAACUGCAGAAAAACAAAAUGAAUUUAAUUACCUCUAGUAACAUUAUUAAACGAGCCUUGAGAAGGAAUCUUCCAGUUACAGAAGACCGCAUUCAAUUUCUCAGACUAAAAAGUUCUGCCAUUGUUUUGCAAAACAGAUUCCGUGCUAAGCAAGAAAUGAAGAAGCAAAGAAAACUUUACCUAUUACUGAAAACUGUUACAAUUAAAUUACAAAGUAUUGUUAGAGGUUAUCUUCUGAGAAAACAAUGGCCAGAGUUACGAAAUAAAUUACAAAAGAAUAGAACUCAUUUAAUUGACUGCAGCAACAUUAUUAAAAAAUGCCUAAGAAAAAAUUUACCUGUUUCAGUAGAAAGGAUGGAGUUUAUUCAAGUUAAAUCGGCUGCGAUAGUAUUUCAGAGAAGAUUUCGGGCUAUAAAAAUGAUGAAAGAAGAUAGAGAAAAAUACAUCAAAAUGAAAGCUAAUACAAUCAAACUUCAAAGUAUAGUUAGAGGGUACAUAAUUCGAAAACAAUGGCCUGAAUUACGCAUAAAAUUACAAGCGAAUAAAAAUUAUUUAAUAAAUUGUAGUAAUAUCAUAAAAAGAACACUGCGAAAAAAUAUUCCAGUAACAGAAGACCAAAUAAAAUUCAUCAGAUUAAAAAAAUCUACCAUAUUUAUACAAAGAAAAUUUCGUGCCACUAAACAAAUGCAAAAACUGAGAAAACAAUAUCUUCAAAUUAAAAUAAUGACCCUGAGAUUGCAAAGUGUAGCCAGAGGAUAUAUUUUUAGAAAACAAUGGAUAUCUUUAAAAAAUGAACUGAUGGCCAAUCGGCAACAUUUAAUUAAUUGUAGCAAUAUAAUUAAAAGGGUGAUGAGAAAAAAUCUCCCAACUACUGAAAGUCGUUUAAGAUUCCUUGAAUUAAGAAGAGCUGUAAUUACUGUCCAAACCAAAUUCCGAGUUAAUAAACAAGUAAAGAAUUAUCGCACCUUGCGUAAUAAUGUUAUUUUAAUUCAACGAAAAUUCCGUGCCAACAUGGCUAUGAAACAACAAAAGCAAAUUUAUGAAAACAAAAAAAAAAUUACUAUUAGAUUACAAGCCUACUUUAGAGGAUACUUGGUACGCAAAAAAUGGCCAGAAACCAAAUGUGUGUUAAAAGCCUACCAAAAUAAAUUAAUAACAUCUAGUAAUAUAAUUAAAAAAUUUUUGAGACAAUCUUUGCCACCCACUAAGGAACGCUUAAGAUUUUUGAAAUUGAGACAGUCUGUAAUUAAAGUACAAUCAAGAUAUCGAGCUAUUGUUGCAAUGAAAUUAGCUGAAAGAGAAUAUUUACUUCAAAAAGAAAGCGUAAUCACAUUACAAAGAUAUUACAGAGCGUACAAGGCUAUGGUGAAACAAAGACGCCAAUAUGAGCAUCUCAAAAAGUCUUCAGUUUUGCUACAGUCCUAUGUUCGGAGAUAUUUAGCACUCAAACAUUGGCCUCAGCUGAAAAAUAGUUUGGAAACUCGCCGAAAACGUUCAAUGGAAGCUCUUGAGUGUAAACAGUUGUUAGCUGGUCAUGCGUUGCUCUUUGAAAUAAAUGUGGAAAUGCGAGCUGCUGUUAAGUUGCAAAGUUGGACCAGAAACGUGAUGUUGAACCGUAAACUUUUACAGAAGCAGAAUAUGGCUGCAUUAAAAAUUCAAGCAGCUGUCAGAGGAUAUUUUGUAAGAAAGAAAUUACCUCUGAUCAAGUAUGAAUUACAAAUAAUUAAACUUGUGCGAGCAGCUACAUUGAUACAGGCCCUAUGGAGAGGCUAUAGUGUAAGAAAAAAAUAUCAGUGCAGACGAGAAACAAUUCGAGUACCCAAAAAGGGUGCUCUUACAUUGGGAAAGAGACAUAAUGACGCUGUUGAUGUUUUAAACCGACAAAAGAAAAACGAAUAUUCUUAUCGAGAAUUAACUACAGUAUUUUGGAAUUUAGAAAUCUGUACAUCACUAUCAAAAGAAUUGUGUUUAAAAACUGCUGAAGGUAUCAUAGUGGACAUCAUUUUUCACUUUUUGCAGUAUUCUAAUCAGUCACAACCUAGUAUUGAGGCCAGAGAACCUGCAAUUCGUGUUCUUAUUAAUUUACUAAGAUACAAAGAAACUUCAUGGCAUAUUUGGGUGAGAACUGUUAAUGCUGAUAUAGUUAAAGAUCUUAUAAAGAUGUUAAAAACAUGCUGUGGUAAAAUUUGUAGCAAUAAAUUGUACUGUUCAGUUGCUACAUGGCUCUGGAUAGCUUUACAAGAUCCUAAAAAGAAACUUUAUAUUAAAAACAUUCCAACAGCCACUGUUGACUUGAAAAUCAUGAUGGAUACUCUGAGCAAAAAAUACAAGACACAUAAAGUGGAAAAGAGUAAAAUGGUAUUGCCUUCAACGCGACCUACUUGGAGUAUUGGCUCCAAAUGUCAAAAAUGUUUUGAUUCCGAUUUGUAUGCUACAGUCCAAAUCUGUAAGCUGUUGAACAUACCAAUUAAUUAAAAUAUUUUCCUUACUGUUUUCUUUUAUUAUUAUGACAUAUUAUUAAUUAUUUUAUCCAUUUAUA